CAUGCUAGCCACAAUCCAAGCCGAAGGCGAGACCCGCAACAUAGACCCUCAAACCGUGGCCGUGACGGGCAUGUCCAUGCAACUGGAAUUCGAAGGACUCAACACCUCAAUCAAGGACCUCCUGGCGCUUAGUCGCCGCCUCAAGGAACUCUGGCUCUUCGGUCGUCUAGGCGGGGAGGACGAACAGGCCAAGGCCCAGGCUGAGCAGCUGGACCGCGACGUAGUGCGGUGCGCCGAGCUUCUCAACUCCAUCCAGGCCAAGCGGUAUGCGAACUUGGCGAACGAGAACGGAGGCGCGUGGGAGCCGCUGGUCGAGGUGAAGGGGCAUGGUGCUGAAGGAGGAGCAGGAUCAGCAGCAGGAGGGGCAGGAGGAGGAGGAGGAGGAGGAGGGGUCACCACGCAGGCUGCUCCGACGCCGGCUGCGUCUGCUACGCCAUCGGUGCCUGCGAGUUCUGUGUCAUAGAGUGACAGAGUUGCCUCGGAGCAUGAUGACUUUGCUAGCGUUUCUUCUACGUGUACAUAGCAGCGUUCUGAAGGGGAGGGGCUUUUGUGGAUAUAUUUCAAACGAGAGGACAUAGCUAGAUACCCGCCGCAGCCAUAUCUUGGAAGCGGCACAAUGACAGGGAGA